AGGACCCAAAAAACGCCCCCUUCAUGUUUUGUAAUUGUGUGACGCCGGUUACAAAGCUCGUGUUAUUUUACUGCAACUCUACAAAGUUUUAUAGACAUUCAAUUACAAAAUGGAGAGAACUGUAAGUCUACCAGAUCAGGUCAACAAAACCACCACAGUUACCCUAGUGGAGACCAGCAGUAAUCCGAGUGGAAUGGUGCUGGUUAAUCCCUACCAAACAAACCGGAUUGGGGAUCCCAUGGAUCUGGUUGCCCUUGCACAGCAAGUACAGAAGGGAGAUGAGUUUAUCAGAGCCAACGCUUGCAACAGACUCACAGUCAUUGCUGACCAGAUAAGAUACCUGCAGGAGCAAGCAAGAAAGGUGUUGGAAGAUGCCAGGAAAGAUGCUGAGCUUCACCAUGCAGCCUGCAAUGUUGUGAAGAAACCAGGGAACAUGUACUAUCUGUACAUGCGUGAAUCUGGACAGCGAUACUUCUCUAUUCUGUCUCCAAAGGAAUGGGGUCCCGGUUGCCCACACAAGUUCCUUGGUGGAUACAAACUUCAACAUGACAUGUCUUGGACACCACAGGAGGAGGUUGAAAGAAGGGAUGCUGAAAUUGGCAUCAUGGACAAACUGUUAAACAGGCAAACUGCUCUUCCAGCCUCUACAGAGCCAAACUUUGAGAGCCUUUCAAAAUGAGAAAGCAAGAAACCACUCGGGAACUUAAGUCUUAUCUGGUCAUGGAUGCCACCUGGUCUUAAAGGAGAUGAUUUAAUGGAUACAGCAAAGUGAACCGGUUUACAGUUUCAGUCCAGUUUGAUGCAUUUUUCUGAUAUUGUCUGGAGGUUUUAAAUUCUGUGAUUCAUAUUAAUAAUGUGUCUUUAUGUUAACGAUUAUUAUGCGGACACUGUUUGUCCUUAUCGUGUAUGCUGCUUGAAUUGAAUUCAAAUGCAAAUUUUAU